AUGCAGCACGCUUCGUCACAUCGCCGGAGGCGGUCUGACAUGGAAGACGCUGAGGUUAGCGACGAUGCGGGGGACGGAGCCGGAACACCAGCAUCUGACGCGAAGCGACGACGCGUCGACACCGACUUGGACAGUGAUGGAGGGGCAAGCUCGUUUGACAGCAACUUUGGGAGAGGAAUCGACGUGUCGAGUGACGGUACGAUGGCGGAUUUCCAGCCGGGCGCUAUUGUGCGUGUUAGCGUGCAGAACUUUGUCACCUACGAAAAAGCAGAGUUCUUCCCAGGGCCUCACCUGAACAUGGUCAUUGGCCCCAACGGUACAGGCAAAAGCUCCUUGGUGUGCGCCAUCUGUCUUGGCCUAGGAUAUGCCCCGAAGCACCUGGGUCGCGCCGGAUCUGUCAAGGAGUUUGUCAAGCACGGCAGGGAUACCGCUACCAUCGAAAUCGAACUGCAGAAAAGGCCUCCGGACCGAAGCAACUACAUCGUAAAGGUUCAGAUCCGCCGGGAGCAAAAUACGCAGAAAUGGUGGUUGAAUGGGAAAGAGACGACCCACAAGAAGAUUCAAGACCUGAUGCAGGCGUUGAAAAUCCAGGUGGACAAUCUGUGCCAGUUCCUGCCGCAAGACCGGGUCGUUGAGUUUGCUGGAUGCACCCCGGUAGACUUGCUUCACGAGACCCUGCGCGCUGCCGCCCCGGAGGAAAUGCUGCAAUGGCAGGCCGAACUGCAGGAUCUGCACAGAGAGAAAAAGUCCCUUGCCGAUUCCGUCAACACGGAUGUCGAUGAGUUGCGGAUCUUGGAGAACCGGCAGCAGGGCUUGCAAGCAGAUGUGGAUAGAAUCCGAGAAAGAGAAGAGAUCCAGCAGAAGGUCCAGGACCUCGAAUCAGCCCUGGUUGUGGCCCAGUACGAAGAGGCACGCGACAACUACGGCAAAGCCCGACAUCGGAAGAAGGAGGCAGAGCGCACGUUGAGGCGCUUGGAGUCGGAGAGUGGUCCUUCGUUAGAAGCGAUAAACGAAAAGGAAGCAUACGCGCGGCAGAUUGAAGCUGCGAUACCUUCCAAGGAGAGAGCCUUGAAAGGAGCCGAAACGGCAACCCAGAGCGUUGCUCAAGAGAUUAUUGGCGCAGUUGAGGAGGUCAAAGAGAUGGGCAACAAGCUGGAAGCCGAGGUAAAAGGAUUCGAGUCGAAAAAAAAGGAACUUGCCUCGUCAAGGUCAAAAAUCACGUCCCUCCAAGCGGACCUCAAAAACCAGCCUGCCGAUUUCAACCCUUCGGAUUGGAAUCAAAAAAUUCGUGCUGAAGAGCACAACCUCCGGGAACUCGAAGCAGAAAACCGGCAGCUCCUAUCCGACCGGGACUCCAAGGUGGACGCUGUAAUGCCUAUACAGGCCGACAUCCAGCGAUUGCAGCAGGAGUUGCGUGACUUGGACACGCAACAAGGACAACAGGAAACAUUGAUGCGCAAGCAUUUUCCCGAGCUGGCAGCCGGAUGGAAAUGGAUACAGGAACACCAGGAUGAGUUUGAAAAGGAGGUUUUCGGACCGCCCAUGAUAAGUUGCUCGGUGAAAGAUGAGCGCUAUUCGAGUCAAAUCCAGGCCCUGUUGCAGGUUGACGACUUGUCAUGCUUCACCGCGCAAACGAAAGACGACUACAAGAAGCUUACUGACCAGCUGUAUCGUGUUAUGAGCUUGUCGGUGGUGGUGCGGACGUGUUCCAAUCCCCUGUCUGCUUUCAGCCCCCCGGUGGGCCGGGACGAGGCCGCCGAGUUCGGGUUGGACGGGUUCGCCAUAGACUACCUAAGCGGCCCCGAGCCCGUCCUGGCGAUGCUGUGCGCCGAGAAGCGGCUUCAUCAGUCCGGAGUCUCGUUACGCGAACACGAUGACGAUGCCUACGACAGGCUCAUGAACAGCGGCAAAAUCAACCAGUGGGCCGCGGGACGACAGUCGUUUACCAUUCGCCGUCGCAGAGAAUACGGCCCUCAAGCCAUGACGACCAUCACCAAAAGCAUACGCGACGGAAGAUUCUGGACUUCGCAACCCGUCAAUGAACAGGAGAGGGAGGAAAUCAAACGGCUGUUGGCAGAGGCGCAGGGGAAGAGAGUGGCACUCAGAGAAGAAAACAACAAACUCAAGACGAGGAUCGAUGCUAUUGACGACCAAAAGACUAGAAUAAAUGGCAAGAUUGAAGAAUUACGAAAAGACAAGAGCAUUUUGCAGAAGGAAUACCAAAAAUGGCAGUCGCUGCCAGAGAAAAUCGAAUUCGAAUGCGGCCAGAAGGCUGCGCACGAGCAAGCGAUGAGAGAUGCCAAAAGGAACAUGCAGGAAAUCCACUACGGGUGGGAUAAGGCGGUCAUUCGGCGAUCCAGGCUGGUCCUCCGGCACAAGAGACUGACGGACAACAUCGGCAAAGCCCACCAGGCACUGGUCGAGGCCAAAAUCUGGCUCAUCGAGGCACAGUCGGACGUCGAGGGCCUGAAGGACCGCAACGCCAGCAUCGUGGCUCGGCUGGAGGAGGAGCGGCGCACGGUGCAAGAAGCCACGGAGGAGGUCAACCGCGCCAAGGAAACCGGCCGCCGGCUGGGCGAAAAGGUCACGCAGCUCUUCGACCAAGCGGAGCAGGACCGGCAGGAGCUCGUGACCCAGCUCGCGAGGGGGAGGUCGAGCGAGGACAUUGAGAUGGAGGUGGCAGCCGAGGCGGCCAAGCUCGAGCUCAUCCACGCGGCGAAUCCUAACGUGGUUCGCGAAUACGAGCGGCGCGCCGAGGAGAUUGCCCACAUCAGGCGCAAGAUGGAGGGCGCCGGCGAGAAGCUCAGGACGCUGGAGGCGCAACUCGCCGGCUUGAUGAGCAAGUGGGAGCCGCGGCUGGAGGAGCUGGUGUCCAAGAUCAACGACGCCUUUGCCUACAACUUUGAGCAAAUCAGCUGCGCGGGCGAAGUGCGCAUCCGCAAGCACGACGACUUUUCACAAUGGGCCUUGGACGUCAUGGUCAAGUUCCGCGAGAACGAAGCGCUGCAGCAACUUACCCGCCACCGCCAAUCCGGCGGCGAGCGGGCCGUUUCCACCAUCUUCUACCUCAUGUCCCUCCAGUCCAUGGCCCAGUCGCCCUUCCGCGUCGUCGACGAGAUCAACCAAGGCAUGGACCCCCGCAACGAGCGCAUGGUCCACGAGCGCAUGGUGGAGAUUGCGUGCCGCGAGCACACGAGCCAGUACUUCCUCAUCACCCCGAAGCUCCUGACCGGGCUGCGCUACGACCCCAAGAUGCGGGUGCUGUGCAUCGCCAGCGGGGAGCGCAUGCCGAAGGAGGGCAGGAAGCUCGACUUUGCGCGAUGCAUCAACGUGCAGAAGAGGCUGAUGUCUGCCGCGUGA